UUGAAAUCAUCGAGUCUGUGUGGAGGGAUGCAGGGAGGAGAAGGUAUCAUGGCAGCGGUCCGAAUGGAGGAAGGCGAACACCAACGCGGUGCUCGCUCUCCCCCUCCCGACGCAGGCGGUGACAGGGAUGAGGACGAGAGACUCAGAGAGUUGAUGCGUCUAUGUUAUGAAGAAGGGAUUAUGCCCCCGAACAUAGACCCUGGGGAGAUGACAGUGGAUGGAAGAGAAGUAAGGUUUAAAGUCAGUGAGCGGAUCGAUCGUGUGAAGAUCGCUUGGUUAAAGGAACACACCGUGACGGUAAUUUUCCGUGAACGGGCGAGGUUCCUCCCUAAGCGAGUUAAAGAUGACAUCGUCCGGGCUUUCGAAGAUGAUAAAGUUCGGGAUGGGAGUUUUGAGGCGGAGAAUUUGCGACAUGGGAGAGUUAAGGUGGAGAGCCCUAACGUGGUCUCCUACGUUGCUAAAUCCAGAUCAAUUGCGGCUUGGAUGGUGACCAAGGGACACGAAGAAAUCACAAUCGGCUGUGAUACCUACAAGCUGGAAUUCAAACCUUGGAUGUCGGAGGCGCAACUCCGUGACCAACAACGAGAAGAGGAUGAACUCACAUUCUGGAUUAUAGCGGUUCAAGUACCCCUCGAUUCAUUCUUCUACUUGGAGGCACAGGUGGCGAGGGCGAUUGGUCCAAUAAUUCGAACGCAUCCAACGGAGCCAGACCAUCUCAAACCCUCACUCGUGAACAUCAAGUUUGAUAUUGACCCAACUUCUCGUCCUAAUAUGAAGGAUAAAAUUUGGGUUAUCACUUCGGAGGGUGAUGAGUUGGAAGUGAAGCUGACCUCCUCGGCAACCCCGAGGUGUCGGCGUUGUUGAGCCUUCUUCCAUACGGAGAACGAGUGUCGGCGGGGGACGGGACAACAACAACAGAAUCAAUCCAGAAGCGGUGGCCAAGGGAUGUCGUCGAAUCAAGGAUACCAGGGCCCAAUGGGCCCCUUGGGUCUCUCCCCUUCACUGGCAGCACUUCAUAUCGAUACAUCUAAUACUCCAGUCGGUGGCCAACCUUUCGUCAGUUCUCACCAUAAUCCUAUGUUCUCUCCAUUUCAACAAACUGUCUCAGCUGCAGGCUCAGACGGCCAAGUCAACAAUCAAAGCAUAAGUAAAAC